AUGGCAGAUGGAGCACACCGGUUCCCUGGAACCGGACCAUUCUACUACAACCAGUAUAGUCAACAAAACCACCAUCCUCGUCAUCUGGCCCGAUCCGGCUCUCCAGUGAACAGUGGCAGAGGUAGCUAUGCCAACGACACCCCUUCGCCCUCUCGCUCGCCUGUAUCACAAGCUUCUUCCCAGAACCCGUAUGCGAUGUACAGCCAGGGCCAUCAGCAGGGUCAGCACGCCAUGAUGAACGGUGGACAACAUCAGAGAUUUAUGCAGCCAGGCGCGGGCCACAAGUUCCAACAUCAAUCUUACCAGCAGCACCACGGUCAACAGACCAACCACCACCCGCAAAACCAGAACGGAGGUCACGGUAUAGGCCACCAGCAUACAUUCUCCUCGGGAACGUUAUCCAACGUCACUCCUCAUUUUACUCCGAACACCCUUCACAAUGGCAAUUCAAGCAACUCUCAGGUUGGGGGGAUUAAUGACAACUUCAUACCAAAUCAGCAUUGGCAACGUCAGAUGCAGCUCGCCGCAGAAUCGAGACAGGCGCAAUCGGCGCCGCACCAUCAUUGCAAGAAAGAAGGGGUAAUAUCGCGAGUGAGCAAAGCCCUGGAGCCAACGCCUGCCGAAGAGGCAGCUGAAGAAGGUGAAGAAGAGCGCAAUCGGGCCACCACUGUUGGAGAGAUCUCAAGACAAGAUUGGGACGCCUUGGAUUGUAGCGGUCAAGGUAUGAGGGCGAUCUCAACAUCCAUCUUUGCCUACAAAUUCCUCAAGAAACUGUACCUCGACCAUAAUCGGCUUGCACGCCUUGACCCCGUUGUCGGUCAUCUGAGGAGCCUGACACAUCUGGAUAUAUCAAACAACCAAAUCAUGGAAUUACCAGAAGAAAUCGGAAUGCUCGUCAAUCUGAAAGAGCUCCUGGUGUUUGACAACAAUUUGCAAACGCUUCCUUACGAGGUGGGAUAUUUGUUCAAACUAGAGACGCUAGGAGUAGAUGGGAAUCCCUUAGAUGAGGAUCUAAAGGAGCACAUCGUGCACCAUGGGACAAAGUCGUUAGUGACUCAUCUAAGGGAAAAUGCUACACCUGGGACCCCUCCCAAUGAGCGUCCCCGUGUGGAAAUUGAUACGUCUCCUGCCUCAGAGAUUCUCAGUGUUCUUUCUUACAACAUACUAUGCGAUAAAUACGCUACGAAGUCGCAUUAUGGUUACACGCCUUCGGACGUGCUUUCUUGGGACUAUAGAAGGGAGGUUAUUCUCAAUGAACUCAAAGAUCAUGACGCGGACAUCGUUUGCCUGCAAGAAGUCGACCGCGAGAGUUUUGACGAAUACUUUCGCCGCGAGCUUGCUGUCAACGACUAUCGUGGAGUUUUUUGGCCGAAAACAAGGGCAAAGACCAUGGCGGAAAAGGAUGCCAAAUUGGUUGAUGGAUGUGCAACAUUUUACAAAGGAAGUAAAUAUGUCUGUCUUGAUAAAGUUCUCAUCGAUUUUGCAAACACAGCCAUCAACCGGCCGGACAUGAAAGGCGAGCACGAUACUUUCAACCGCGUCAUGCCUAGAGAUCACGUCGCCGUGGUAACGUUCCUUGAGAACAGGAUGACCGGGUCAAGGAUGAUCGUCGGCAAUGCGCACAUAUUCUGGGAUCCUGCGUUUGAAGAUGUCAAAGUGGUUCAAGUCGCGAUUCUUCUGGAGCAAAUAUCGAAGCAAGCGGAAAAGUGGGCAAAGUACCCUCCAUGCACCGACAAAGCAGCUUUCCGCCACUCCGAGGUUGAUAGCCGAGGCAACCCAGAUACUGCAGAUGAGCCUGCUCCCGAGCCUAGUGUCUCCCUCGAGUAUUCCAGCGGACCUCAGAUACCGCUCAUAAUAUGUGGAGAUUUUAACGCCGCUGCUGGAAGUGGGGUCUACGAUCUCAUCACGCGUGGCAGCUUGCCUGGUAAUCAUCCCGACUUGGGGAAUCGGGGGUAUGGCAGUCUUACCCGCGAAGGAAUGGCUCAUCCGUUCAAGCUCAAGUCUGCGUACAGUACGACCGCGGAGCUGAGUUUCACAAAUUACACGCCGAGCUUCAUCGGGGUCAUUGACUACAUUUGGUACUCUACCAAUGCACUGCAGGUCCGACAUCUGCUUGGAAGUGUCGAAGAAGAAUAUCUGCGGAAGGUGCCAGGAUUCCCCAAUCAUCACUUCCCAAGCGACCACCUGGCACUCAAAGCAGAGUUCUCGGUCAAGCAGCGGAGAGAAACAAAGGGUACGGAGAUCACCAAUGGGGUGCAGCGAGAAUGGGAGCGGAGCAAUUGA